GAGGCACUCAAUUACGUUAAUCUCGAUAAUCUUAUUAACUUUGUACUCGAACUCAUCUCCGAUGACGGCCACAAGAAUUUGGCCAAAUCUGUGGCCAAUCGAAUUAUAACCCGAAUAGUGGCCAACGGUGUGGACGACAUCCUUUGGAGCAAAUAUUACUUACGUGUGCUGUCAGUGCUUCGUCUCCGGGAAAUGACAACACAUGAUAUCAAAGAGUAUAGGCUAUUGAUUAAGAAGAUUGAGAGAGUGCUCAACAAACGCAAAGUGAAGACCAAACUGACGCUCAAUCGGAUGCAAACCAUAAAGUCUAAGGUCGAGAAACAGGUCGAACUCAUUGGUCACAACUCGUCGCAGGUGUCCAUCAUUGAAGACUUUGGAUCCGUCUCUCUGUCGCAAACGUUGUCGCAAAGCAUUAGCGAACACUCGCACGUCGACGAGACUAUGCUCGACAACUCACAGACCUCUCAGUAGUUGACACAUACAUUGAUUUAUGUCAUCAUUUUGUAUAUUAGUUUACUCUCGCAUUGUUUUCCUCCCUAUCCUAUAAACCGG